UACAAGGAAAUCUACACUGUCGGUAAAUUUGUGACAUUUUCAAUGACUGUCAUCAACUUGUUGUUUAUAUGGAGUUAUGUCAGCUCUGCAGAGUAAAGAAUGGAUCUUGCAAGCGAUAGACCAACUACGUCAACGAAAGGCAAGGCCCGAUCUACCGCGAAUAUGUCACAUGGCGAAAAGAAAACACGGAUUGAGAUUCACUGAGACGGAAGAGCAACUUGAAAAACUUGUGGAUGCACAAAUAGUAAUCAAAGUAGAUUACAAAGGUAACAUUAGUUACAGAAACGCUGCUAAGUGGCGUAAAAGUCAUUUAGGUGGACAAGUAUUAAAUUCUAGAGCCGCUGUGGAGAUGUUGACGGAUGCUGUACAUGCUUUGACAGUAGGACAGGGUGAUAUAGAGGAUAGAGAUGAAAAACGCGGGGCCUCAAUGAGAGACAUAGAAAGAUGGCUUGUGUCACAGAAACUGGGAAGGGAGGAAUUCAAAGUCCCUCUCCAUGUCAUGUUACAAAGAGAAGUGGAUGCUGGAAGACUUGAAAAACUUCCCAGUGGAAAUUACAUAACAUCGCAGCUUGGAGCUAAGGCGUGUAAUAUGAAAGCCAUAUUAAAGAGAUGCGUGUCAGUUAAUACUAAAAGAGGAAGACCUCCAAAAAAGAAGAAACUCAAAAGAUUUUACAGUUACGAGCCCCCUGUGACUUGGAAUGUGGCAGCGAACAUCCCGCAAGCCUCGUUGUGGUGCGACUACUGUAAGCAGACGUCCAGACAGAAUCGGCUCGGACAACCAGAAGAUCUGCUUGUCUGCAAAGACUGCGGUGCUAGAGCUCAUCCGACAUGUAUGGAAUAUUCGCAAGUGUUGGCACAGCGAGCCAGUCAGUAUCCCUGGCAAUGUAUGGACUGCAAGACUUGCUGUCUUUGUCUGGACUCCGGGGACCCAGAUUCAAUGCUGUUCUGCGAUGCUUGCGACAAAGGAUACCACAUGAACUGCCACAAACCGCAGGUGCUAGAUAAACCUUCAGGGAAAUGGAUAUGUUCAGAAUGCACGGAACAGGGCGUCGCCAUGGCGGAUAUAGAAACUCCGAAUGUCGACACGAAACCGGAAGUCGGCCAUAUUGAUCAUUCACACAACACACCCGGCUGUAGCACAACUUCCGGUUUACCAACGCCGUGCGAUUCCCCCGUUCACGACCAUGAAACCCUUGACAACAGACUUCCAGUGUUUGUCAAGCUGGCUAAAACUGCUAUGUCCAGGCCAGAUGCUAGCCAUUAUCCAGACGCCUCCCGUUGGUCAAUUGAGGAAGUGGUCACCUUUUUUGAGUCCAUUGGGUUUAAGGAGCAAGCAGACGCCUUCCGUGAACAGGAGAUUGACGGUCAGUCACUUUUACUGAUGAAAAGGAGUGAUGUACUCACAGGCCUGUCUCUGAGGCUAGGUCCUGCCCUUAAAAUCUACCAGCACGUGACCAAACUGCAGACUGCUCACCAAAGGCAAUCUAUCUUCUGAUGUGGCAGCCAUUUCCGUUAUUUCUUGUGCAAAAUCAGACACGGGGCAGCCAAUCUGUUUUUCUAUCAAUAUAGCUAUUACAUUGAUGCAUAUCGGUUGAAGAUGAAUUGCACUGUGUUUAUAAGAACUUUAAAAAUGACGAUUUCUUGACUUCUGUCAAUGAUAUGUAGGUGUUUAGACUACUAGACGGCUAUGAUUUGGAGAUUUCAAAUGUUACGCCCCCAUCAAGCCUUAAAUCUCCAUGCUCUGAAGAUAUCAGUAUGAGAACUUCUCCCUGUUCGUGUCUUGUUAAAAACUCUUACUGAUAUAAGUAUUGUUACUUAUCAACAGCUUUGAUCUGAUAACCAAAACUUGUUCUUACUCCCUCCUCCUACAAUACAUGGCACCGUUUAUAAUUUCUUACGCACUAUAUAUAGAGAUAGUAAGAAAAUCAUAUCCUGUUAUUGAGUGGUCAACAUAUCUUGAUCGACUUUUGUUAUUAAGUUAAUGGAAAUGACAUUGAAAUUAAAAUGAAAUAGGCAGUUUAACCGCCCCUCGUUGAUUGAUAUAUGGUACAAUCUUUAUUACUGUAAAACGUCUGACUUCAGAUGUAUUAAUUUGUGUUCAAUUUAACUAAUGAAGUAUAACAUUUGAAACCAAAUACCUUACGGAUAUAUGACAAAUCAAGAUUGAAAUAAUAUAAAACAAAAUAAACAGGAAAAAGUUGCGGUUGUGGAUUAUUUCGGAUAUAAUUUAUGACGGGAAUGAAAUUUGAAAAUUGAGCAUAAUGUCAAAAUCACAUACAUGUACUAAAUUUUAUUUUCAUAUAUUGAAUCAGAUUGUGUUCAUUUUUCAGAUCCAUGGAUAGCCACUCAAAUCUUGAUAAAAUGUAGAAUUUGAUUCUGUCCAAACCGGAAUAAGGUUCUGUUUAGUUAUGUCUCUGAAUAAACACGUAGGUCGCCCGUACCGCGACAUUUUAUUUACGUUUUAUGUUAGUAGUUAGCAUGUUUAACAUGUUUAUUUUUACACAUUAAAGCUGCAAUCAGCGUUAGAAAAUCUUGUGAUAUUCUUUAAUUUAAAAGAACGUCCAGUUAUUAUUAUUUCAUGUAGAUAUCUCAUUUUAUUUAUACCAUGAUUGCUAUAGAAAAAUGUUAAAGGAACUUUAAAUGCCCUUGUUCCUAAUGGAGGUAUAUACAGGUGUUCUGAUGCUGAAGUUUAAGAAGUCAGUAGCAUUGUUUGAAAAGGAUCAAGCCGUAUUGAUUAAAACGAAAUCGAGUCUGAUAGUUAAUUGAAUCAUACAUUUAGAUGAUUGUACCUCUAAUUAACUAUAACAUUUAUUUAAUUAAAUUGACUGACACGUCGAACUAACGCCUACAUUUGAUGAAAUAACACGUAAUUAACUCCUAAAUUUAAUUGAGUUUUACAAAUCCUAUUGAUUUACUCAUUUCAUGGCCUCGCACAAUUAAUAGUUUUUUAACAUUCAAUUGAUUUACACAAAAUUUGAUUGAUUUUCCCGUAAAUUGAUCCAUAUUGUAUUCUUACUAAUUAAAUCUCUUUAUGGUCGAUGCAGUUGAGGUCGUCGACUUGACUUGAGAUAGCACCCUUCUAACUGGUCUUAUUCCAGUCGUUUAGAGAUAAAUAUAAACCACUUGUGGACAGUAGAUACAUGUUACUGUUUCUGUUGUUGUAAUGUCAUCUUUAACACUAUAUUUCUAGUGGUUAUGUAUCUAUUUGACGUCAUAUGACGUCACGAAAUCAACUUUUGGGUUUGUAUAUCGCUAACAUAUGGAGCUGUUUGUCCCGGUGGAAAGUAUCAAAGUAUCAAGAUUUCAAUAAGAAAUUCCUCGUACAUAUUUGCUUGUUUGUUUGUUUUUAUUUUGAUGAUAUAAAUUGUUUCUUUACAAAUACAUUUUAAGCAAUAUCUUAAAAUCGUCAAAAACAUCGGUUAGAGAUGGAAAAUAAGAGGUAAAACGCAAAUGAGUUAAUAAUUUCCUGUUGUUUGUCCCAUUAUUGUUGAAAUAAACAUAAAUGGUGUUUUGCCAAUCUUUAUGUUUCCAUUGUUUGUGAAGGAUGUUAUUGAUGUUAAGGGAUGGAAUCCCGGAAGUAAUAAAUCAUGUUGUUAAAACCUUG